AUGAUCAUCAAAGAAUACCGCGUCGUCCUUCCACUGUCUGUUGAAGAGUACCAAGUUGGCCAGCUGUGGUCGGUCGCAGAAGCAUCGAAAGCAGAAACGGGAGGAGGAGAAGGAGUUGAAGUGCUGAAAAACGAGCCAUUUGAUAAUGUUCCUCUUCUUAACGGUCAAUUCACCAAAGGACAAUACACUCAUAAAAUUUAUCAUCUGCAAUCCAAAGUUCCUGCCCUCUUGCGUAAAAUUGCCCCGAAAGGAUCAUUAGCGAUUCAUGAAGAAGCUUGGAAUGCUUAUCCAUACUGCAAAACGGUUAUUACUAAUCCAGAUUAUAUGAAAGAAAAUUUCUAUGUUAAAAUUGAAACAAUUCAUUUGCCCGACAGUGGUACAACGGAAAAUGCUCAUGGGCUGAAAGGAGAAGAACUAGCAAAACGAGAAAUCGUUAACAUCAAUAUUGCUAAUGAUCAUGAGUUUUUAAACUCAGGAGAUUUGCACCCGGAUACAACACCAUCGAAGUUUCAAAGUUCCAAAACCGGAAGAGGUCCACUGACUGGAAACUGGAAAGACAACGUUCAGCCAGUCAUGUGUGCAUACAAGUUAGUUACUGUCUAUUUUAAAUGGUUUGGAUUCCAAAAGAUUGUGGAGGGAUACGCCCACACGCAAUAUCCUCGUCUUUUCUCCAAGUUUCAUCGGGAAGUUUUUUGCUGGAUUGACAAGUGGCACGGACUCACAAUGGUGGAUAUUCGAGAGAUCGAAGCUAAAGCUCAGAAAGAAUUGGAAGAGCAACGUAAAAGUGGGCAAGUGCGAGGAAUGAAUGGAUAA